AUGGAAGAAAUUCUGGAUUCAGAAAAAGGAAACCAGACGAGCAUCAAAGAAUUUAUUCUUCUAGGUUUUGGGACUCCCUCUGAGUUGCAGCCUCUCCUUUUCUGUUUUUUCUUGGUGAUUUAUUUGACAACAAUAACUGGAAACCUUCUCAUCUUUAUUUUAAUUGUGACUGAUCAACACCUCCACACCCCGAUGUAUUUAUUCCUGGCUAAUUUGUCUUGCCUGGACACUUGCUAUAGUUGUAAUUUGCUGCCUAAAAUGCUGGCCAGUUUGCUGACUGAUAAGAAAACUAUUACUGUUAUUGGGUGCCUAGCCCAAUAUCAUUUUUUCUGUCUUUGUGGGACCAUAGAAACUUAUAUUUUGACUGCAAUGUCUUAUGAUCGCUAUCUUGCAAUUUGUAGACCCUUGCACUAUGGCUCUAUUAUGAAUACAAAACUUUGUUUCCAGCUUAUGGUAGGAGCAUUGGUAAGCAGUUUAAUAUUUAAUGUAAUUUUUGUAGCUCUCAUGACUCAAUUUUCUUUUUGUGGGCCUAAUGUCAUAGACCAUUACUUUUGUGAUUUUCGUCCACUGGUGAAACUGUCCUGUACAGAUACUGUUCUAGCUGAAUGCUUCUCUUUUUGCAUAUCCAUUAUUUUUGUAGUUAUUCCAUUCCUGUUGAGCAUCAUUUCUUACACUUGCAUCAUAGCUACCAUCAUCAAAAUUCAGUCCACCACUGGAAGGCAAAAGGCCUUUUCAACCUGCUCUUCUCAUCUUAUGGUGGUUUCCCUCUUUUAUGGCACAUUGAUCAUUGUCUACACAUUGCCAGAUAUCCCUUCUCUCAGACAAUUCAACAAAAUAUUUUCUAUUUUCUAUACAAUGAUGACACCUUUGUUCAAUCCCCUUAUCUAUACUUUGAGAAACAAGGAAGUUCACAAAGCCCUAAUACGACUUUUUGAUAAAAUUAUAAUUCUUAGUCUUUCUUUUCACUUUUUUAAUUAGCCAAAGUUUUACUGGGGAAAUGAAAAUUUGGUAUCAACAAUAGGAUGAUAAUGUAUUUUCUUUAGCAGUAUUACUUGAGAAUUCAGAGUAGAUUAUGGAGGGACAAGAUUGUUUCAUGCCAGAUUGCUCUUCUCUCCAUAUUGUUGAGGUAAUUCUGCCUUAAUUCCUGUUGCCUUUUCAUGUAUUUCCAUGUAUAUUUGUAUGUAUAUAUGUUUGUGUAGCUAGAUGAUAGAUAGAUAGAUAGAUAGAUAGAUAGAUAGAUAGAUAGAUAGAAGACAGACAAUCAGACAGACAAUGUGUAUGCAUAUGUAUAUAUGUGUAUCUAUGUAUCUGAUUUUAAUUACACUAAUGAAAACUAAUGCAGACUGAACCCAAACAGAGAAAGAUAACUAAAAAGAGAGUAAAAGGAAAAAAAGAAAGAAUAAAAAAGAAGAAUACAAAGAAAAGGAAAAAGUGAAAUAAAGAAACAAGAAAGAAAUAAUAAAGUAGUUACUUUCAAUCUUUAUUACAAGUAUAAACAAAUAUGACAGCUCUUCACCACCAUAUAGUUACAAACAGAAAUCUCUUCUUCUCAUAAUCUACUUCUUAUCUAUAAGCAACUUCAUAAAAUAUAAAGUUUUCA